AUGCCUCGCCGCCAUGGCUCACCGUCUCCUCUUUUAAGUCCACCGUUGCUCAUCAUCCUCUUCCCCAUCAUCAUCUCACUCAUCCUCUUCUAUACCAUCCCUCCAUUCCUAUCUCUCACCUCUCAACUCCUCCGCCCCACCAUUUCCGCCAAGAAAAGUUGGGACUCCCUCAAUGUGUUUCUCGUCAUUUUCGCAAUCCUAUGCGGCGUUUUCGCCAAUCGAAACGAAGACGCAUCACCUACCGAGGAAGAUCGCAUUCCCGACCAUAAUAUUCCACACCCUUUGGACAACGUAACUACAAACAGCGCGAACAUAUCGGAAUCGGAAGCAGCUGGGUCUGUACUUCCGCAGCAAUGGUUUGGAUAUUCAGAGAGGAGGACCCCGGAAAUCGGUGAUGGCCGGUUGAGGAGGAGCAGCAACUCGUACCCGGAUCUGAGGCAACUCGGGCAAGACUCAGUGUGGGAAACACCGGAUCACAACAAGCCGCAGUUCCGCUUCUUCGACGACUUCGAAAUCGGCAAUUACAAUCGUGCGCCGUCAACUUCACACCAACGCCGAUCCGAGGGGUACUCAGAUGUAAUUAAGGAGAUUCCGGUGGAUACUUUCGUACUUCACUCUUCUCAUCCCCCGCCGCAAAAGCCACCAACACCGACACCUCCACCGCCGCCUCCACCACGUCAACAAAAAACGAGAAGGACGUAUCAGACCUUUCGACGUAAACAUCCAAAAACGGAGAAAGUAGUGAAUAAUCAUAUUACUGAAGAGGGUGAAGAAAUUGAGAACGUUCGAACUUCGCCACCGACGCCUCCACCUCCUCCGCCGCCAAGGCCUGCUGCCCCGCCAUCGCCAAUUCGGAUUCGGUCAGAGCCGAAGCGCCGGAAGAGUAAUGUGAAGAAGGAGAUAGCGAUGGUUUGGGCUUCGGUUCUGUCUAAUCAGAGAAAGGGGAAGAAGAAGCACAAGGUCACCGGUACCAGAAACAUCUACGAAACUGUUGCUUCUCUGCCUGAAGACCAACAACAAGGAGGAGAAGGAGAAUACUUUUUCACAAGACCGCCGCCGUCGCAACCUCCUCCACCGCCACCCCCACCGCCGCCACAUUCUGUGUUUCAUAAUCUGUUCAAAAAGGGAAUGAGCAAAACUAAGAAAGUUCACUCCAUCUCGACGCCUCCAACUCCACCACCACCACCACAGCCGGCAUUGCGGAAACAAAAGAGUUGGAAUACUAGUUUUCCGCUGGCGCCACCAACUCCGCCUCAACAACCACCGCCGGCUACUUCCCGACGGCGAUCUUCCACCUCCAGUGGCCGUCCGCCGUUGCCGACUAAGUCGAGCAGUUAUCUGUACGAGGAAAAUGUAAACAGCGGCAGCCAGAGUCCGUUAAUUCCAGUGGCGCCGCCACCUCCUCCGCCGUUCAAAAUGCCGGAGCUGAAGUUUUUUGUGCGCGGGGAUUUUGUUAAGAUACGGAGUGCGGAGAGCUCACGCUGUGGAUCUCCUGAAUUGGAGGACGUUGAUGACGUUGAUGCGUCGCCACGUAAGGAAGAAGACUUGAAGUCAAAGUCAGAAGUACAGAGUAAAGUCAACGUGAUGGACACUGGAGAUGGUGGUGAUGGUGGCGGCAGCGGCGGCAGAUCCUCCGUGUUCUGCCCUAGCCCAGAUGUUAAUACGAAAGCUGAUAACUUCAUUGCUAGGCUGAGAGAUGAGUGGAAGCUUGAGAAGAUGAACUCAAUGAGGCAGAAAAAGAAGAUGCCCUAA